CCGUAAGGCGUCUCUUCCCGACGGCGACGAGAACGAGCUCCAGCGCUGCACAGCGCGCAUGCACGCCAACAUUCAUGGCAGUAACGUUGCCCUGGACAGCUCCCAGGCUGUGGUAGACAAUGUUCAACAAGAUAAACCAUCUAUCGGGAAGGCAGACCAUGUUAGGCAGGGUAGACCAUCUGUUCGCGUCGAGGAGUCCGGAGGACGGGACGCAGGGGCAGACCCUGCGCGCUGCUGUGGCGCCCGCUCGUGUGGACCACCGUCCGUCGAACACACGUCCGUCUGAACAGCUGGAUGUCACCAGCCUCGAACGUAUCCCUAUCCCUGAGAUUGACACGCCAAAAGGCGAUGACAAUCUUAUGGAUUCGCCAUCAAAAAAAAGGAAAUCCCUAAGAUUGGCAUCGUGCUCAGGAGGUGCCCAGCAUAGGGAUAGGGAUAUGUUCCAGGCUGGUAAGGGUGGGCAGACGGCUCCGUUACCUCCGCGUCGAGAUUCACGGCGUCAUCGGGCCUGCGCACCUGUGUGAGCGACCCCUGUCUUCUGGGCGCUUGGCGAAGCUAUAUACGUAUGCGGCCCGCCCGGCGUGAAGGCUACGCGGCCGCGAGGCGAGAUGCGUGCCGCACGCACGAUAGACCCGUGCGUGCUGGUGCCAGCUUACGCUUUCCCUGGAUCAGCGAGGGAGCGAGCCUCUUGGGGAGGGGGGGGCGCGCGGCGCGCUCCCGCGCCCGCGCGCACUGCGGCGGCGGCUACGGCGCCUCACAGGCUACGAGCACCUCGCCACAACUUCACCGCCUGCAGAGGCUGCGCGGCGGGGUCGCAGCCGGGCGGCCCAUCAACGACGGGCCCUCGAGCUGCGCCGGGCCGCCCGCCGCGCCGCGCCGCGCCGCCUGCCAGAGAGAGGCCGCCGGCCGAGUAGCGGCGGGCGGCCUGGGCGAUGGCCGCAUGGGGUGCCGCAGCUCGGCAGCUUCCGCGGGCCGGGGCGCGCGCGCGCCGGCCCAGCACGAGGUCCCGGAGGACGCCUCGCACCGCUCUGCGGCCGUGGCCCCGGCCGUCGGGCGGCGGCGCCAGGUCGAGCCGCGGGAGCGCCGAGAGGGCAUCGGCCUCGACCCCCUCGGGCUAAGGGGCGCCCCUCUGCUGCACGGGGGGCCCGACGUGGACCGCUUGUGGCACUGCCGGCGGGCGCACUCGGCGAGCCCUCCUCCAGGAGAGCCAGAUGUACGUACGCCUCCCGCGCCCAUGGUUAUGUGAGCUCGUCCUGCCGGGCCCGCCGCGCGGCGGUCGGGAGCUCGCCCCGGGCGCCCCCGCGCUGCGCCAACGCGGGGGCCUCGAGCCUCACUGACUACCUGCCAGACCACCCCAAGCCAACCCGAAGACCCGAAAUUCGGGUUGGGG